AUAAAUCGGGCUCGGUAUUCAGAUAGUUAACAUCAAAAAUGGCAAAGGAAAAUAAAAAUUGCAAUUUGAAGGAGUAUUCGUUUGCUACAGAGGAAAUUCCUAGACUAAGUAUCAACAACCCGGAGACUGACAAGCGUAUUGCAGAUGGGCUACCAGUGGUGAUAACAGAUUCAGGAUUAGUGCAGUCUGCAUUACACUGGGACUUAGACUAUCUACAGGAAAAUAUAGGAGAUGGAAAAUUUACUGUGUAUAAAUCCAAUAACAAACGCUUUCAGUACUUUGAUGACAAAAAAGUUGAUUCUUGCAAGGAUUUUCAGAAACCAAUGGAGCAUAUGGAUUUAACAUUUUCAGAGUUUGUCAGCAAGUUGAAGACGGCAAAAGCAGGAAAAGACAGAGUUUAUUUACAACAAGCAUUAAAUGAGGGUGUUGGAAAACGGAUUGUUACUGAUUUCCUUGGAUUUAAUUGGAGCUGGGUGACAGAACAGCAAAAGAAGAAUAAGUUUGGUGCUCUGACCUCUAAUCUACUCCUCAUUGGGAUGGAAGGAAAUGUUACACCUGCCCAUUACGAUGAGCAGGAGAAUUUUUUUGCCCAGAUUCGAGGAUACAAAAGGUUUAUCAUGUUUCAUCCAGACCAGUUCAAGUGCAUGUACCCCUACCCCACCUACCAUCCUUGUGACAGACAAAGCCAGGUUGAUUUUGAUAAUCCAGAUUUCAAAAGAUUCCCCAAAUUCAAGGAUGCCAAAGGGUACGAAACUGUGGUUGGUCCCGGUGAUGUGCUGUUUCUACCCAUGUACUGGUGGCAUCAUGUGGAAUCUGUUCCUGAGCAAGGACACACAAUAUCUGUGACAUUCUGGUACAAGGCUGGUCCAAUUGGGAACAUAAAUUACCCACUGUCGCCCCAACAGAAGGUUUCCAUGAUGAGGAACUUGGAGAAGAUGAUUCAUCAGGCACUCAAUAAUGCUGAUGAGGUUCCUGAGUUUAUGCAGAACAUGGUGCUUGGUCGAUAUACUGACCCUCCUUCAUAGAAUUAGAAGAGACGAAACUUGCUUUUUUUAUACUUCAGAUUAUAUAUUUGAUCAACAUUUCUGGUUUUGUUUAUACAUUUUUUGGGUAUGUACAUGUAAUCAUGUGAACAUUAUGAAAGACAAACCUAGGAUUUAUCAGGACUAAUUGAAUUUCUGAAGGACACUUUGGGUAACACAUCACUAUUAAAAUUUCCAGGCAUCUGAGUUUUUCUUUCAAGAAUUUAGUGUAUAUAUUGUAUAUAUGUUUACCAAGUCUUUAUUUGUUACACAGUAUGCGGUAUCGUGAUGUUUAAAACUGCUCAUCAAGUUAGAAAGGCUUGCCUGAACUGUGAUAAGAAUUUUGAUAUAAAGUGUUAUUUGAUGCCAACAGUGUUGGGUAUAUAUGUAUAUUCAUAUUUUCAAUCGAUUGUAAUUAUUUGCACCGUUUCUUUACACAUGUCUCCAUAAAGAUAAACUAUGACAUGUUGUGUACUGCACAGGCACGUGAAGUAUGGACACUUAUUCACUUCCCCCCUCCCCUAUUUUUGAAAUUUUGUUUGCAGCAAUAAUUUUUCUGAAAUGUGUGGAUUCCCUGCCUAUCUUAUCCCUCUUUCAAUUUAUGUAAUCGUUUCACACUUUUUGUAAACUUUAGAGAUUGACCUUCUACCGGUAUAAUAAAUUAUCACUGCAAAAAAAAUUCAGAAGGGGGUGUGUUUAGUUACCAUACUUCAAGUGCCUGUGGUGUGCUGCUGUGUGUACAUGUAAUACCAUGUUCAAUUACUUUUUCAGUGUUUGUGUUAAUGCAUUGUGUGCAAUUUUUCUUUUGUAAAAUGCUGAAAUGUUUUUCUUUUUUCAAUUAUGUACGAAUCGGAAUAUUUUUGUACUUAGAAUUGAGUAACCAGAAUAUUUUACUUUACUACAAAAGUGAAAUGUAUAAUAUGAGAUUUUUUUAGAGCUCGAUAUUGAUCAUGUUUGAUUACAUUUAUAAUUGACAGGUCUGAAAUUUAAAUAUGUACACUGUAAUUACUGGUUUUUUGAGUGAAAAUUCUUCAACAGUUUUAACAAGAUCAAUUUGAAUUACAUCACUGUUCAUUGUUUAUACAACCUGCACAAGUGUUUGGGGGAAAAAAUUUAUGAAGUGUAGUGACUGUCUGUAUUGUAUCAGCCAUUACCCUUUCAUCUUUGGUGCUUCACCAAUUGUAAUACUUGGCGUAUUUCUAUGACAUUUUUGAACAUUAAAAAGAGAAUACGUUGUUA